UUGUGUUUUUCUAGAGUUGUUAUUGGUUUUGUUUGUUGGAAGGUUGUUGUGCUGGUGUUUGUAUAGUUGGAAGGUUGUUGAGCUUGUGAUUUCUUGGUGUUGUUUGUGAGUGGUUGUAUGUGGACUUUUAAGUUGUUGUUUUGAUGUUUGUCUGCACAGUAAUUUGUUGAGUUAUUGUAUUGUUGUAGUACUCGGUUGGUUGUAUUAUGUCGUGAUUCUCGGCGGUGGUUGUGUCUCGAGUUUCUCGGCGACCUUAUCCAGCAGACAACACAGCUUCUUGCCUUGAAGACAAGUCAUAUCUGAUAUCUGUGCUGCAGCGUGGAUUCAGGUCUGAACAACCAUUUUUUUUUAUACAAAUGGAUUAUCUGCACAAGUAGAAAGGAUGUCUUUGGAGCAGACAGCUUGUGAAGAUUUAAAGGCCUUUGAAAGAAGACUCACUGAGGUUAUUGCGCGUCUUCAGCCAGCCACAACACGAUGGAGAAUGGUGUUGGUAAUUGUUGCUGCAUGUACAGCUUUAGGAGCUUACCUUUGGUUAACAGAUCCUGUUACACAGGAUGCCACUUUUCUGCAGUCUCUUCUAAACCAUUUAUUCUUCACAUUUGCUGCAUCGGCCUUAAUUCUCCUGUUUAUCAUGGGCAUACAUAGAAAAGUUGUUUCUCCAUCUAUCAUUACUUCAAGAACUCGAGCAGUAUUAGUAGAUUUUAACAUGUCAUGUGACGAUACAGGAAAACUCAUCCUGAAGCCCCGACCUACGACCACCUGAGUGUACUAGAUUUUAGGAUAAAACCAAUUACCUUUAUAUAUUUUAGGAAAUAAUAUAUUCUCAAAAGUAGACCAAGCAGGAACAUCGUUUAUUAAGGCUUGGACGUUUUGCUUCUUGAAACAGAAGGUUGAAUUUUAUUAGGAACUGAAUAAUGUGUGUACUACACUAAUUCAUUAAUAUACAGUACAUGUACUAGCUCACUAACAUCCAGUACAUGCAUUUGCUCAUUGAGCAGGUGAAUGAUCUUUUAGCCAUGUGUCCUGGUGCUGGAAAGACGCAGUACGUAUUGGUUAAAGCUGGUAUGUCAUCGAAUUGUAUAAAAAUGUUUCCAGAUUACGUAGUGCUGUAGUACUCAUAAAUGCAGUGUAUCAGUGCAUUUUUCCCUUAUUUCACUCUUGGUAUACAAGCAGGCCUUGGAAGUGAUGUUGAAAUGUUUUGUUUUUCUCUUGAUUCUUGUAAUAAUAGUAUGGUGUUUAUCGUAUUUGCCUCUUUACUUAUUUAGCAGAUCUCUAGAUUUAUCGAAAAUAGUUAAUAUUUAAAAAGUUUAUUUGUUAAGUGAUAUAUCAUGGUUUAGCAGUCAGUAUGGGAAAUUUGUUAGAUUAUCUGUACUAGAAUCUUAUCAUACACAGCUGCUUCCAUAAACAGAAGUAAAAUUUCAACUUAAGAAACCAAGUGCUAUUCCAAAUAGUAAUACUAGUGUACAGUAUAGAACUUACUGAGCCAAUAUAUUUCAUCUUUUAUAAAAUUGGAUGAUCAUAUAGCUGCUUUAGCACAUAUUGAAAUGUGAUAUCUUUGAUUUUUGUGUCUGCCAUGAAUUAUACAGCUAGUUGUCAACUUAGUCUGCAAUUGGUUACAACCAACCGGUCGUAAAUCGAUUUGGACUAAAGUCGGCCUAUGUUAAAUUACUGUAAGAAUAUUGUACUGUGGAAAUCAGCUGAGGGCGAUUGUGAGGAAAGUUUAUUUUGCUGUACUGAACUCGGAUCGGAGCGAUUUUCUUGUUUUUAGAUAGCGUAAAUGAAUCUCGAUACUCUAUUGACAUGGGACAAGGUUAUUUUACAUUAUACCAAGUAUUUUCAAGUUGAAAUAUCACUUGAAUACGUAUCAUUGUGAAAGAAUUUUUUUUUUUUUUUUUUUUUUUUUUUUUUUUUUUUUUUUUUUUUUUUUUUUUUUUUUUUUUUGUAGAUGGCGCUGAGGGCAAUGUUUAUUGCAUAAAAAAAUCAACAGAUUGCAUUCGGUAUUUUCACUUGAUUUCAUUACAAUACUACGAGCUUUAGUACAUAUAUAUUUUUUAUUGGAGUGAAAACAGUAAAAUGUGUUCUUUCAUGCCAAAUAGUUUUAAUUAGAAUAAGUUUCUCUCAAAUUUUGUCUACGGUCGAGUUUGAUGGUGCUAUACCGAAUCUUGUGGGAGUUUCAUCCAUGUUGCCGAUGCACGAUAAUAGUCAUUAGCAAAUGAACAUUCUUUCCUCGGCUUCAGCUACAUCUUGCAGCUUAAAUUUAGCAGUAUAUGCCCUUGCUGAUCUUUUUAGUGUUCUCUUUUACUUUUUUAACUUGAAAAUGGGAUAGAUAAACGCAAGACACAAUGGACACAGAGGAUGUGCACUGUACCAGGCUACUGCUUACACUGAGUGAGCACGUGAGCUGUGUGUGUGUGGAGAGGCGGGAGAUGGGGUGGUCGUAAAGUCGACCAGUCGUAACUUGCAUAGGUCGUAAGUCAACAACUAGCUUUACAGAAUUCUUGCUGAAGAUGAAGAAAUAAUGGAAUUAGCAGUUUAAAGUGUUGUGUUUUGAUAACUAACAAACCUUUGUGUCACUCCCUCUUUUGAAAGCAGUCAUAGCUAUUUAUUGAACCGAGAUGCCUGUCAAAAUGACAGUUAUUUUUUUAUAAGCACUUUAACAAAUAGUGUAUGAAUACAUUAAUAUUUUGUAAAUUACAGGUAUGUACUUACAUCUAGCUCAAAUAGUAAAAAUUUUUAAUACAGAUAAUGCUGUAUAAAAGUUCACAAUUAAUAUGUACUCGUGUAAAUAAAAUUUACGUCUUCUAA